CCUCGGCGCGCCAAGUUCGCCGCGUACAGCCGCCAGCUACCGCUCGCCUCCUCACAGUCCGUCACCGUCGCUCGUCGUGCGAGCACACGCGGACGUUUCCGCAGUCAGACUGCACGCGCUGCGUGUGUUUUUGUCGUCGUAUCGUUGACACCCUGACGGAUUGAGAUCAGCCCCUGGGUGCUGGUAGUAGUAUGCACGAGGGUGAAUUCCCACGUUGCACUUCCGAUCCAUCACUCGUUAAUUUCCGCGGUUCAGGAAAUUAAAGAAAAAAAAUUCGAUUUUUUUUUUCGUAUUGCAGAAAGGACCUUUUUUUUCGAGGAAGAUCGAGUGAUUCGCGACUCGAUUGCGAUCUCGACUUUUGACAAAAAGGCGCUGUUUUCAGUGUCAAAGAUUCAGUGAAAGCGGGACGUUACUCGUCUAUCGCGUGAGAAACUUGUGAACGAGUGCACGUCGAUUGUUUAUCGACUAUUAACUGUACUGUGGGACAGUUGUUGAAAGAGGUGAGAAGUUUGACGAGAAUCAGCAGGAGCGAACGUGCUACGACAGCCGUUUCGCCCCGUGAGUGACAAGUGGUCGGCGACGCGUGGUUAACCACGUGGCGCGGUGUAUGCGCCGGUGUACAACAGUCGCUCGGGUGGCGCGUGAACUUUCGCGGGACUCUCUUUCCUUUCCGAACGAACGCGCGCGUGUGUAUGUGUGUGCUAAACUAUCACGCGUGCACACGACGACAGGCAAGUGACAGGUAGUAGUCGUCGGUCGUUGGUCUACGCGAGCGAAUGGAACGCUUUGCGGCUUACAUCAAACGUUUUCGCUCUUUAGCCUGAGAAAGUUAACGAUCGACCUUCGCCCAUCGGUCUCUCUUUCUCGAAACGGUCGAGAGCAUGGUGCAACAGUGAUUAGUCCGUCGUAUAUCAUCGUCGGUGGCCAACACAGCAGUUGUAAAGGGAAGAGCGCGGGGUCCAGUGGUGGGUAGUCUGGUCUCGCCGUCGCAGGCCGCCGCGAGAUGCUGAGAGCCUCAGCCGUCCAGUCCAGCCAAUCACGUAGGGUGCUGCGAUCUGUGCCGAGGGCCGUCGCGGCCUGCUAAGAUGACCGCGCGUUUACACUCGCUGAGGCACCAGGAGAAGAAAUCAGCCGGCAACAGCCACAGGCAGCACCACCAGCAUCAGCAGGCCGUGCAUCAGGGUCCGAGCCCGGCACCGAGCCCCAGCCCCAGCCUCAGCCCGAGCCCGAAACAUUCGGACGGUCGAAGAGCUAACAAACCACUAAUGGAAAAACGACGACGAGCAAGGAUCAACCAGUCCUUGGCGGCGCUGAAGGCGCUCAUCCUUGACAGCGCCCGCCUGGAGAACACCAAGCACAGCAAGCUUGAGAAAGCUGAUAUCUUGGAGCUUACGGUCAGGCAUCUGCAGCGGCAGAGAUCGCUCGCUCAGCCCGGCCUGUCCAGGUACAAGGCGGGAUACCAGGACUGCUCCAGAGAGGUGAGCCGCUAUCUCGAUGCACCAGACAUCAUCACGGGCAAUACCACGCCAAUGGACCCGGCGGUGAAGCAGCGGCUGCUUCGUCAUCUCGAUAGCUGCGUGUCAGAGCUUGAUCUGGACCUGGGCUCGCGACCGGACAGUGGCCUGGGUAGCAGCCCGGGUAGCGUGACGGAUCGCGUGGCGGGGACGACGAGCCCGGGCCCGCUGGAUCACCACGUGCCGGUCGGACCGCAUUGCAGCGCCGCGCUCACGCCGGCGGGUCUGAUCAAGUCUGAGAUCCCAGAGAUGGUGGAGGCGGCACGACCCGACAGCAGCACCACCGCUGGCGACGAGAACAAUAACAGCAGCCGACCGACCUCCGCCUUCAGCCAGGUGAACCCGGCGACGUUGGACCCGCAUCAUCCACAUCAUCCGUCGGGCUUGCCGGUCGAUCAAGCCUCCACGUCGCAACAGAACCCCAACAUGCUCUCGGUGGUGCAAGUAAUACCCUCCCGAUUGCCGGACGGCCAGGUGGUCUUUCUAUUGCCGAGCCAUUACGUGCAAUUGGCAGCAGCGGCCGCGGCGAAUGGCAUCAGCAUCGGGCCUAAUCCGCCAACGGCGAUCUGGGCGGCGACUAACAUGUCGCUGCUAAAAGCCACCGACAAGCUGGCGAAGCGACCGCAUGAAGAGAUCGGCCAAGAAUGGCAGGAUCCUACCGGCCUCAAGCCUAGCAAGAGCCCGCGAAUGGAGCAGCCAGAGCAGCCACUCGACUUCACCACCACGUCCAAGAAGAUAAAGACCGCUGGUUCGAGAAACUCGGCGCAUUCCGGCGUAGUCGAUCACCAUCAUCAUCUGCGGCAGCAGCAGCAAGCCCGUCUACCGACCGAGACCGGCGGUCCCAUCAUCCAUGAGGACAGACCGUCUAGUCACGCAGAUAGCGAGGUCGCCGUCGGCAUGCCCUCUCCGUCACCAGUCGGCCAGCAACCGGUCAAGGAUGAGGAGGGCAUGUGGAGACCGUGGUAAAGAUCCAAAGGCUCUUUAUCUUUGUAAAUAAAAGUGUAUCUCGUGAAGCGCGCGUGCGAAACCGGAAGUCGUGCCGGUGCGCAGCUGCGAUCGUCGUCUACUGCGGAAAUCUUCCUUAUGAUAGCUACGAUCGGGUCGUGUAUAUUCGAUACGUAUCUGGAUGAUCGGUCUCGGUCAAGCGAAAUUAACCGUUAUUAUUGAGAAUAAUUUUGGAGACGUAAAACUGUCGUAGAUUUUAGAUUAUUUUUAAGGUAGUGAGUCAUUGAAAUUUUUUAAGUCUGGAUACGACAAACUUAAUUUUUUUUUUCUAACUAAGAAAUCGAAGAUUGCAGGAAAGAAAUUUCAUUUGUUUUAAUUAGAGACCCUAUAACAGUUUGAUCACAAAUGAUUUUGUCAAAAUCCUACCAAAAGAAAUAUAUACGUACUUGUAUAUAUACUAUCUCACUUUAAUCUGUUCUAUAACUUUAAUUAACUCUUUGCGGCAUAGAGUGAGUCACCUUUCUCUAUUCAGUUUUUUGCGAAUUUUACAAAUUUUUUGUGAUUUCAAUAUUCGAAGUAAAUAAAACCUCUUUCCCUCGUAAGAUUUUGAAAAAAAAAUCGUGACCAGACUCGUGUUAUAGAAUCUCUUUUGAUGUUGUAAAAUGUUCAGUGCGGCGUGUGCGAUUUCGAGGAUACGUCCCUGGGCGAAAAUGCGCGUACAUUUCGAAAAGUGCUCCUCAAUUAGCGUAAUGUAAUUCUCAAAAGAGUGGCGCUGCGCGCGAAGCCAAAAGUAAUUAACGCGCGAUAUUUAUUUACGUUAUUAUUAGAGAAUUGGCAAUGACACAAUUUCGCGAUAAUACAAUCCACAAUCGGUGGAUUGCGCCGAUCGGCGAAUUUUCACAGGCUCGGGAAAUUAACGCGAUUGGCGUUAAUAUCGAGAGGUAUGCUAAUUGGUAGGGAGGAGAGGGCACUUGAAAUUACCCUUUCACGCAGCUGCAAGGUCGAUGAAUUUUACGUACGUCGAAACCGUAAUUUAUUCUUCCUUCCCCCUCCCCCCCCCCCCCCCAGAUACAAAUUAUUUCACCGAUCUCUAGAUUUUCACGCUCGAGGUAGAAAACCGAGGAAAACCGCGGCUAACUUUUUUCCUCUCUUUUUUUCCCCCCUCGUCGCACCACUUGCGCUCGGCUGUGGAAAUGAGUACAUGGAAAAGGCGUAUGCGCAUUCUCGCCUAAUAACUCCGGCGCGCGAGAACGCGUGACGUCAGCAUUGCCGUACGCGCCGUUUCUUGCGACGGCGCUAAUGAAGCCUUUAAUUUGCAUCGCGUCCAAAAGCGCCGCCGCCGUCGCCGCGGUCGUUAAAUCCGCUGCAGCGCGUUACUCUCCCGAAAGCGGCGCUCGAACAACGGCGUUCUCGGCGCUUCGGUUGCACCGCAGCGGGAUUCUCGUAUCGACGAAAACGAUUCCAGAACGGGGCGAAUUCAACGGGGGAUGAACGUAGGGAGCGAAAUCGCCGGCGAAACGUGUAACGUAACGCGCCAACGUUUAACGAUCUUGUAGCGUGACUCGGAAAAGAUUAAGCGCCGUGUGCGUUUCCUUUUAUUUCAAAGACCACCCUGCAUUGCCGCGAGCGUUAUUUUUAGGAACGUUCAGAAAGGCGAAGACGUAUUAAUCUCCGACGGCUAUUCUAAUUUCGUUGAACAUAGCUGUGUUCCAUGUGAAAAUAAGCCACUUCCAGGCUUUGCCUAUCUCGUCAGCUGAAUAUUUAAUCCUUAUUUUAACCCUCCGUCUGUAAUCUGGGGCUUUUUUUUGGCACGAAUAAAAUUUCAUUCUUACUUCAGCCCUUUCACACAAUUUCGGCUGUUUCUUGUUGAACGGCAUGACUCACUGCGUGGAUCAUGGUGACCAUCGGGGAUCACAUAACGCUGAGUUCAGAUUCUCACUAGAGUGUCACUCAAGUAUUGCUCCAUCCUUGUUGUUUAUCGUACAUAGAUAAGGAUGUUAUGACACCUGGAGAGUAGCUCAGAUUCCUCACCCAGGUAGGAAUCUGAAUACGCCUACAGGUGAAUACAACUGACAUGCACAGGUAGCACAUAUAUUUUGACUAUUCAUUGAGUGUAUUCAAAAUCUGCACUAAGAAAAAUUUCUUAUCGAAAAUGAAUGAAUCAGUAGAUUCUGAUAACAAUCAUUUCAGAUUCGGGUAUUAUAAUUGGACACAUGGUUUUUUGAUCAACUAGAAUUAUAACAGAUUUCACUAUAAAAUUCUGAUUUAUCUGUUUUUCCACUAGAAUUUCCAUUAAUGCAGCCAGACUUUUUGCAGUGUAUAAUUUACGUGACGUGUGCUAUGCAAUUUUAACUGGUAAUAAAUUUUAGAAUACAGUCUUUUUUAGGUUACUGCAAAAAUAUUGCUGUCAUCUCUUAAGAAGUGCUUGAUUUUGAUAGUAGUUUAGCAAAAUAACGAUGAUCCAUAUCGAUAAUCACGCAGUCGUGAAUGUGUUAAAUUAAGAUUUUAACAUAUAAGACAUUGUUUAAAAAAAACUAUUUUAGUGUAAUAAAGAUGUUGAAAAAUAACUCUGAAUUUUUUUGAAAGAUGAAAACAGUAAAACUUAGACUGAACAAAAGAGAUCCAGAUUGCAGACGGACGGAAUAAAAAUAUGAUUCCAAACAGAGAAUUAACUUAUAUUUUUGCGUAUACUCCUCUGGAUUGAUCGAACUAAUCGAUCGGAUCGAUCUGAAUCAGCUUGCGCCUCUCUCUAUCGAGGAAAAUUAACGGAAAACAAGUAUAGGAUUGAGAAUCUGCGGAGCAGAAGCGACGACACGCAGCGACGCGAAUGUUUCGAGGAGCGGAUGCCAAAAUAGAGCGAGUGCGAGACAGGAUUG